CCAUGAACAUCAUGGCAGGCAUAAUCCACCCUUCGGGCUUUUCUAUAAAUUCGGGGGCGGAGGAAAGGGCUACGAAAACCACACGAAAAAGAUCCAGGGGCCAUUUCAUUUCCUCGUCGCCACCGCUUUCCCAACCCCACCCCCACCUCCCCGGCCAAAUCCCAUCGCGGUCUCCGCCCCGACCCCCCGCCGAUCCCUCCCGGCCGAUGGCGAUCGGGACCGAUCGCCACCUCCCGUUCGGGCAGUUUGGGUUUUGAUGAGGAUUUAGCCUCACCGGCUGGGUUGCUGGCUUGAUCCGGGGAAUCUGGUGUUGGCGUUGGUUGAUUGGGUUCGCUGGGUUGUUUUGCGAGGGGGGAUGGGACUGCUGUUUGUGGAGUCGCUCCCGGGGCCCAAGGUGUUCAAGUGCAAGUUCUGCAAGGUGGACUCGGCGUCGCCGGAUGCCAUCGUAUCCAAGGACUUCCGCGGCCGCCACGGCCGCGCCUACCUCUUCGAGAGCGUGGUGAAUGUGAGCCUUGGUCCCAACGAGGAUCGCUAUCUCAUGACUGGAUUGCAUACAGUGAACGAUAUCUAUUGUAGCUGCUGCCAACGACGCCUUGGCUGGCGAUAUGAGAAAGCUUAUAAUGAAGACCAGAAAUACAAAGAAGGCAAGUAUAUUCUGGAGAAGAAAAUGAUGCUGAAAGAAGGAUGGUAGCUGAAGAAACUGAUCACUAUUUGAGUCUGCAAAAGCAGAUACUUCCAAUUGUAUAAAUUAUCACUGAACAUUUGUUGUUAGUUUAGUGGUUUCCUAAAAAUUGUUUGUGCUGGUCAAGACCAAACACGGUGAAACUGCAUUUACCAGAUAUUUUGGUGCCAAGCUCUGUUUUUCUUGUUUGGUUC